AUGUUCACCAAAUCCUCCUUCUCUCGCUUGGCCUCCCUAAGACACUCAUGGCGACCUCGCUACAGUGUCCCACCGCGGUUUCCUCUAUUUAAUAGUAUCCUUGUCCGAUAUAGUUCCUACUCGCCCAUGGGAAAAACCCAAUCGGAUUCCCGCAAGAAAGUAACCAUCCAAACACUUCAAAGCCUUUAUACGAAGAGCGAGCCCAUUACAGCACUUACAGCCCACGAUUUCCCAAGUGGGCAUAUAGCCGAUGCCGCAGGGAUGGAUGUGGUUAUUGUCGGAGAUAGCCUGAGCAUGGUCGCGCUAGGAAUGGAGGAUACAAAUGAAGUGACCAUUGAAGAUAUGCUCCUUCACUGUCGAAGUGUAUCUCGGGCUGUCAAAUAUGCUUUCACGAUAACAGACCUCCCAAUGGGCUCCUAUGAGCUAUCCCCGGAACAGGCCCUGCAAUCCGCCAUCCGCAUGGUCAAAGAAGGCGGCAUGCAAGCUGUGAAACUAGAAGGCGGAGAACAAAUGGCACCCACCAUCCGACGAAUCACCCAAACUGGGAUCCCCGUCCUGGCGCAUAUCGGCCUAACCCCGCAACGACAACACUCUAUUGGUGGCUUUAAGGUCCAGGGCAAGUCCGUCGCGGGCGCAGUCAAGGUACUGCGGGAUGCCCUUGCCGUGCAGGAAGCCGGGGCGUUUAUGGUUCUUCUCGAGGCUGUUCCCGGGGAGGUUGCUGCUUUGAUUACGGAGAGGCUUCGUGUUCCGACCAUCGGGAUCGGGGCUGGGGUUGGUUGUUCUGGGCAGGCUCUCGUGCAGGUGGAUUUAAUUGGGAAUUUUCCACCGGGGAGGUUUGUGCCUAAGUUUGUGAAGACCUAUGCGGAUGUUUGGGGGGAGGCGGUUCGGGGUAUUGAGGAGUUUAAACGGGAUGUUAAGAGUAGGGCUUUUCCUUCGGGGGAGUAUACUUAUCCGAUUUCUGAGCAGGAGAUGGCGGAGUUUCGGAGUCUUAUGGGUGAGGUAGGUCAACAGGGAGUCGGUAUGGCUAGUAGAGCUUGA